AUGGUGAGCCUGACUUGGUGGAAACGGGAAACAACGGAAGAAAAUAAGGUUCGAUCCAGGAGACCGAAAGAGACCGCCUACAACCAGGAACGUAUGAAAGCUUGGGAUCCGAAAACAUCCAGCCUUAUCUUCCUGGUGCUCGGCAUCAUCCUUUCGUCCUUUGGUGUUUUCUGGGUGGUCGUUAAUUCCAAGAUCACUUUACACAAAAACGUCUAUACUGAUCUUGUAAACAUUUUGAAGAGUAGAGGAAUCCAACUUGACUACACAACAUGUCACGAGAUCGAGUCUUACAAUCAGCUAGAGACGAUGCCAGAUCGACUUAUCGCGGAAUACAUGCCAAGGAAAUUUGCGGGACAAUCCCUUAACCGCUGGAAACGAGCUAAUGGCACCCUUACAUUUGAUGGCAUCACGAAGAAUUACACUCUCUGUACCAUCGAAUUCCACCUACCUGCAGACCUGAAGCCACCCGUUCUCUUUCAUUAUCAUCUUACCAACUUUCACCAGAACCAUCGCAAUUAUGGAACUUCACGGCAUGACAGACAACUGAAAGGGGAAAGCACUAGUCUCGACUCGAUCAAAGGUUCAGCUUGCAAGGACGUCGCUGUUGUCAAAUCUGGAAAUGAGGGCGAAGAAAAGCCCAUAUACCCCUGUGGUCUUAUUGCAGCAUCGUACUUCAACGAUACAUUUGGAUAUCCACAGCGCAUCAAUUCUGGACCGAGAGAAGACGUUUUCUACAAUAUGUCCAAAGAUGAUAUCGUCUCGAGACAUGACAGGUUUCUUUACAAGCCCAGUACCUACAAUGUCACGGCCGCGCCCGUCGACUGGAAAGACAGCCCUGUCGUGCCACCUCCAAGUUGGGCAGAGCGGUACCCCAAAGGGUAUCACAAGGGCAACAUGUUUGAUCCAUCAAUGGACGAGUCCUUCAUGUUAUGGAUGCGCACGGCAUCUUCACCAAGAUUCGCCAAGCUUGCAAUGCACAACGACCAUGAUAUCAUGGAGGAAGGUCGAUAUCGCCUCGAAAUCUUCUCUCACUUCCCAAUACAAAAGAGCGGAGGUAGGAAAUCAGUCAUUAUAUCUACCAGAUCCCUUGGUGGUGCUCACAAUCCGUUCCUUGGCUGGGCUAAUAUCGGUACGGGCGCUGCCUGUGUACUGCUUUCCGCCUUCUUUGCUCUGUCGUCCUUGUGGCCAUCAAUUCCACUGGUUUACCACAGCUACCCUCACGAAAACUAUUGA